UUUAAUAGAAAAUGUAAACAAAUCAAUUGGAUGGAAAUUGUUUUAAAAAGUUUGGACUUUCAAUCAAUGUAUUACUAUUAUUUACCAUGUUACCUCGUACCAUCUUUAUAUUUGCAUAGAAGUUGGACAUCAACACCUCAACCACAAUGGCAUCUUAUUGUCUCCGUAGGAAUAAUCAUUGUUUCGACCUUGCUGAACAUUUUGAGAAAAUGUUCAAGGAUGAAAGCAUGGUUGAUGAGACUUUAUCCUGUGGUGAUGGGAUUAUCAAGGCCCAUAAGAUGAUCCUCUCAGUUUGUUCAUCGUACUUCAAAAACAUCUUUGUCAAAUUUAAUAACCCUUAUCAAUAUCCUAUUGUAAUUAUUAAGGAUAUGCCCUUUGAAGAUCUGAGAGCAAUUAUUGAAUUUAUUUAUCGAGGUGAAGUUACUGUUGCCCACAAUAAUUUGAAAUCAGUGCUGCGAAGUGCAGAGGCUCUCAAAGUGAAAGGUUUAAGUGAUGCUCGUCGGCAAAUGGAAGGUGAGAAGUCAAUGAGAAGAAAGAAAAGAAAACGGAGACGAAAAUCUCGAAAGAUGGGUCAUGGUGAUUCCAGUAAAACAGGAGAAAUGGACGAUGAAAAUGGUGAACGUAAUACAGGUUCAACUGAUCGAUCGGGAGCCGAUAAGGGUAAAGAUGAAAAUACCACGGAAGAUGAUGAUGCUACCGAUUAUUCAGAGGAAGACGAUGACGAUGAUGAAACAGAGAAAGAAGAUGAUAAUACUACAACAAGUAUAAUAAUCACCGAAAGGGAAUCUACUAAUGCAGAAGGCGAAAUUGAACCAGCUCGUCUUUUAGAACAGUCAAUGAUCACUGGUGAUCAGGAUAGAGCCAAUAGUGAGGCGUCUAGAUUUCAGGCUCCAAUGAUGCCACACCAUAGACAAACACACCAACAACAGCAACAACUUUCAUCGAGUAUAAAUCAAGCUAUGAGAGGUCACUUUGGUGAAAGUAGUGGCCUAUUAGCAGCAAUGAACGUAUCUCAUUCAGCAUCCUUGCCAAACAGUCAAUCGCAAUUAAAUUCAUCCCAUAGCCAUGUUCCUUCCUAUGAAGCCAGUUCCCUAUCGAUACCUGGUCCAAGUACCAUUUCACCAAUUACACCUCGUCCUAUUCAUCAUGGUCAAGAGCAUAACUCUGGUUCAUCACAAGUGAAAUCAAGUGAAUCAUUCCAAGUGUUUCGCUUGGAAGGAUAAUUUUAAUCGUCAUCGACGCAUUGCCCAUAGUGAACUUAACUGUAAAUAACAUUUCAUUUAGUCUUAUUUACCCUUUUUACCUUUUAUACCAUAAUUCACCUUGACCAUCGCCAUCACCACCACCACUACUAUCACCAUCCACCAAUCUCAUUCUUAUUUGUUCCCUCUUCCUACAUCUACCUCCUUCCCUUUCUCCUUCUCCACCACCACCACCACCACCACCUCCCUCUACCUCCCCCGAAUACUUUCAAUCUUACCUUCUUCCAAAGAGUAUAGUGACUAUACUCUUGUCAAUUUUAAAAGAAAAUGUAAACAAAUCAAUUGGAUAGAAAUUGUUUUAAAAAGUUUGGACUUUCAAUCAAUGAGUGGACAUAAAGUUUCAAAGUUAUGAUUUGUUUUAAUUGUUGAUCAUCAUCUUAAUUGUUAAGACAUUAAUCAUCAAUGGGUGAUAGACCCUGAGGCUAUUAUCAAAAUAAGCUACACUUUUUCUGAUCGAUUUUAAUUGUCGUCAUUUGAUAAUUUAAUUAUCACAAUGGUGUGAUUUAAAUGAGCAGUGAUGAAAAAUUUAUUUACCGAGCAAAUUAACUAAUCAAUUGGCUCUAAUUGCUUUGUUUGCACUAGAUAAGGGCAGAUAUUCACUGAUGAAGGUGAAAAUGCCCUCUGGGCUAAAGACAAUCAAAUUAGAGACAAAACUAAUUGUCUUUCAUUGGAAAGUCAAUUCGAUCCGAAUCAGCACUUAAUCAUAUCAUCAGAAAUCUUACCAUUAGGACAAUUAUUUUCCAAUUAGAAUUGCUUCUAAAUCAAUCAACAGAAAUACUUUUUCUCAAUCAAGUGAUUAAUGAUUAACCUUUUCCGUUGAAUAUUUUGUUAAUGGAUCAAUAAUUAGGUAAUAAUUUCAACAGAGAAUCUCAAUGAGCAUGAGCCAUUGAGAGAUUCAUUCAUUUUUCGUGAAGUGUUUUCAUCUCGCGAAAAUUUAAUUCUUCAAUUGGAUGAUUAAUUUAAUGAUCACUCGUUGAAUUAAAUCGCAACAGUUUUCUUCAUAAUCAGUGAUUAAUCUCAAUUGGAUCAAUUUAAAUUGGAAUAGUUUAAAUUUUCUGUUCACCUUUUCACCGAAAACAAUUUUUAUAUAUCCACUUAUAGAUCCAAGGAUUAGGACCCAUUGUCCUUUGUUCAUUGAAGGAUUAUCCUGAUACUAUGGGUGCAUCUUUUUUCUGUGUCGUUUUUUUCACCCUCAUCUGGGGUGGGGUGGGUUGGUUUGCACCUCGAU